AUGGCGAGUCAUUGGAUUAAUUAUGUGUUGGCAGCAGUAUUGGUGGCAAUGGCGGUGGCUGUAGUGGCCGAGGAAAACGUGAAUAUGCAAUGCAUGAGAGAGUGCUACUUCGACUGCACACAAAUAAAGAUUUUCAGUGAGAGCGAAUGCAAGAAAGAAUGCGUGCUUGGAUGCGCGAGGUACUUCGUGAGAAAAGCCGCCGAGGAAGAUGAUGAUAAUAACAAGAUAGCUCAGCCAGAGUUACAAUUCAGCAUUCACUCACUCGCUUUACAUAAUUACAAAAUAGAAAGGCAAAAUUGGAUAAACCUAAUUGAUGGCUUAUUCUUCCCUGCUGCGCCGUGGCGGAGGAUUUGCCGGAUUUUCUAA